AUGACGAGCCCUCUCAUCAAGACAAAGUCACCCACAGCACAUCACAGUACUUAUUUCUCAAGUUCUCACAACCUCUUCUCCGACAGCAUGGUUCACUUCUCAGCGUUGACCCUUGCCAGGCUUGCGACGGCGGCUGCUUCGCUCGCCGGGGCAGCUACCAUAGAUUCCAAACCCGUUCCCAGUGACUACAUCACUGGGGCUUCUAUCCUCGAGUGCGAGAGCAGCCGAAAUCUCGCUUUGCUCGUCAAGGCUGUCCAAGACCAGGGUGGCACAAUCCGCCGUCAGUUCAAUUCCAGUGUCUUUUAUGGCUUAUCGGUGCAGCUGCCGAACACCACGAUGGCCGAACAUGGGAUGGAGCUGAUGGAGCAGAUGCCGGGCGUUGUCAGAGUCUGGCCAGUGGAGGUAACGAGGCAGCCGGUAGAAAUACAGACGGAACAUCCUGCUGCGUAUCAGCGCCGCGGCAACUCUGCGCCGUGGAACCACGUUAUGACGCAGGUAGAUAAGCUACACGCAGAGGGAUUCACAGGUAGUGGUAUUAGAGUUGCUGUUAUUGAUACUGGUAUUGACUAUACGCAUCCGGCUCUCGGCGGCUGUUUUGGCAAAGGCUGCCGAGUGGCCCUUGGUGAGAACUUCUCCCAGGACGGCGACAAGAACGACCCUAUGGAUUGCCAAGGCCACGGCACCCGUGUAGCCAGUAUACUUGCCGAGAUGAUGCCAAUUUCGGUUGCGGAUUGCGACGGUGAAAUGAAAGUGGACGACGUUAUAGCCGCCUGGAUUAAGGCGCAUGAAGAUGGCGCGCAGAUUGUAGUCUCUUCUACGCUUCUCUCGCAGGGUACUAGCUGGGCUAUGCAUCCGGCAGCAGCUGUUGUCUCGCGCAUCGUUGACAGUGGCGUGCCAUGUAUAGUCGGCGUCGGCAACGAUAGACAGGCAGGCCUCUUUUCCGUGGCAAGUCCAUCCAGCGGCAAGGGUGUGACGACUGUCAGCGGAUUUUCCUGGGCUCCAGAUUCUGUCGAUGGCGACAUUAUUAAGGAUACCCCCAUGGCUCGAUUUUCCAGCUACGGCCCAAACUGGGACCUCGACAUAAAGCCCACAGUUGGCGCCUCUGCUGUAAAUGUUACAGUUGCUUCGCUCCAUGGUGGCUAUAAAGAGGUAUCUGGGACCUCCUACUCUGGCCCCUUUGUCGGUGGCAUCAUGGCCCUUAUGGCUGAGGUACGGGGCUCCUUUGACCCAGUACUUCUUAAUAGCCUCCUCACGUCCACAGCUGUGCCUCAGGGAGCGCCUCAGGGAGCGCCCGCCUCAGUUGCUGAACAAGGCGGCGGUCUUGUCAGAGCCUGGGACGCUGCUCACGCCACAACACUCGUCAAGCCUGCCAGUCUCGCUUUUAAUGAUACCCUCCAUCGCGCGCAGUUUCUUACUCUUCACAUCACUAAUACUGCCAAGGAGGAUGUUACCUACCGUCUCGAUGCCCUGACGGCGGACACACUGUACACCUUUGUCUCCUCCCGCCCUUCUGUGGGACAGAGUCCCCCUGUCCAUGAAUCAGCCGUGAUUGAGAUUAGCCAGCGCGAUCUCGUCCUCGGCCCUGGCAGAUCGGCAUCCGUGAAUAUCUCGGUUACGGACCCUAUCGGCCUUGAUCCCGGCCGUCUGCCUGUGUGGUCCGGUUGGAUCGCUAUCAAUAGCUCCAACAGUGGUUUAUUGACAAUUCCAUACCUGGGUCUAUCCGGCUCUUUAAAGGACCAACCAAUUAUAGUUUCCGGAGGGGUAUCACUUCUUGAACACUAUAAUCCCUGGUACGAGGCAGAAGACAAAGACCUCCAGGAUGGGGGUCUUAUCAGAUACAGAAUUACUGAUGAUAACUCCUGGGGCCUCGUUGCACAAGUGCGUAUUAGGCCGAGUCUUGGAACUCGUCUUGUACGAGCUGAGGUCGUGCCAGUUUCACCACGUAAGUGGUUGGCAGAUCGUUUACAAGACAGGAAUCUCACAGCUUUUACUCUUGAAAUGUUCUCUCAUACUGAAGGAAUAUAUGAGACAUGGAAUGGCCGACUAGCAUCGGGAGACUAUAUCCCAACAGGCAGAUACAAGUUGGCUGUGCGUGCCCUCCGGCUCUUUGGCGACCCUAAUAUAGAGUCAGAUUGGGAUUUACUGGAGACAGUUACGUUCCAAGUCCCUACGGGAGGUGGGGAGAAGGUCUGUGAAAUGUACAGAUCUAGGCAGGCAAAGAUUUCCCAAAAUGCUUUAUUCGACAGCCAUCAGGAAUGCCUGCUGGUUCAUGGUGGUGUUCUGAAAGACAUCCCUUGGUUUGAUGAGCCUCAGAAUGGGUCUCUGUGUACCAAAGACAGCUUAACUGACGAGUCUUGUGGUACCUUAAAAUUCUGCAACGCGCACAAUAACAACCUUUCACAGGGCCUCAAGUCUCCGUUCCUCUCGAGUUCUGACUGCUUCAGUAGCCACAAGUGGCCUCUCUGGGCUUUCCCACCUUCCUCUUCAGAAAGCUAA